CUCCCCCCAAAUUCCAAAAAUAUCAGGAGAGAGAGAGAGAGAGAGAGAGAGAGGAGAGAAUGAAGGGUUCAAUGGCGAGACACUUGACAGUUCAGAAGCUAGGGCAUGUCUCUUUCAAGCCUCUCCAACAAUCCUCCUUCUCUAUCUCUUUAUCUGAUUCGUUCCGCUUCCAGAGUCUCCUCGAAUCCGAAGCUCAAUCCGCAGAUUCAAUAAUUCCUUCUUCAUCACCGCCUCUCGAUAUCGACAUUGAUUCCAAUGUAGACGACAAAGAUUUCAUUCUCAGUCAGGAUUUCUUUUGCACUCCUGAUUAUAUCACUCCGGACGGUCAAUAUAUAUCAAACAGUUUGGAUUGCAACAAGGAGAACAUUGCUUGUCCCAAGUCACCAGAGAAAAUAAAAACUGUCAAAAGCAAAAGGCAAAGGCAGGAUGGUUUUAAUUUAUCUUGCCAUGAACAAGUUGUAGAACUUGCCCAAGAUACUUUUGGAACAGAUGAAAUCAAUACAGAGAAAGCAAUAGGAACUGAACCUCAAAAGAAUCAUAGUUAUGUUUCACAGUCUGCAGUAGCUUUACGUUGUCGAGUUAUGCCUCCUCCAUGCAUAAAAAACCCAUACCAAAAGGAUGCUUCAGAAACUGAUAUAGAUCCCUUUGGCAAUCAAAGGUCAAAGUGUGCAGGUAUUCUUCCUACCAUUAUUGGUGGAGAUGGCCUUUCACGCUAUUGGACAGAUUUUCAUGAAAUUGAGCAAAUUGGUAAUGGAAACUUCAGCUGUGUUUUCAAAGUCUUGAAGAGAAUUGAUGGUUGCUUUUAUGCAGUGAAAAAAAGCACAAGGCUGUUACAUCAGGAUACAGAAAGGAGAAAAGCUUUGAUGGAGGUUCAAGCUUUGGCUGCUUUAGGAUUCCAUGAAAACAUAGUUGGAUACUAUUCUUCUUGGUUUGAAAAUGAGCAGCUAUUUAUCCAGAUGGAGCUCUGUGAUCACAGUCUAUCCAUUAGAAAACCUUCUAAAUUAUCCACAGAGGGGGAGGUGUUGGAAAUAAUAUAUCAGAUAGCCAAGGCACUUCAAUUCAUACAUGAGAAAGGGAUAGCUCACCUAGAUGUAAAGCCUGAUAAUAUUUAUAUUAAAAAUGGAGUUUAUAAGCUUGGAGAUUUUGGGUGCGCAACUCUCCUUGAUAGCACCCUGCCAAUUGAAGAAGGCGAUGCACGUUAUAUGCCCCAAGAAAUACUCAAUGACAAUUAUGAUCAUCUUGACAAGGUUGAUAUCUUCUCCUUAGGAGCUGCCAUCUAUGAGCUUAUUAGAGGGUCAGCAUUGCCAGAAUCAGGGUAUCUUUCUUUGAAUCUCAGGGAAGGAAAAUUGCCUCUCCUUCCCAGCCACUCAGUGCAGUUUCAAAACUUACUCAAG